GAUGACACCGUAGAUAAUCAGUUCGACAAACUUACGUCGGUAUUAGAGAAGAGAUAUAUAGAUUUAUUCAAUUUGCAUUUUUUGAAAUAGCAUCGUUACAACACAACGGGCGGGGUUUUCACGAUGUGCUAAGUAUACAUGAGUAUGAAAAGUAUAACAUCAGAGACGUAUAUAUCACAUAUAUACGUCUCUGAUAACAUGAAGACAUAGAAAUAUUGAAGUUCGUGAGUAUUAUAAAGCUUUAGGGGAGAUCGGAUUACACCAAACGUCAGAUCAGUUGUCGUCGGAAUCGGACAUGUAAGACGGCAUCAUGCUCCAAGUUUGUUUAAUUCUUAUGUUCUCGAACAUUUUCGCUUUGUGCAAGUGUGGACCUGGAUUUGUUGACAUUGACAGAAGUAAAUAUGAACAAGGAAAAUCACAUUUUGAAAUGAUGGAUAGUCACUCGAGAGUACCCAAAUAUGGACAGUGUUGGAGAGGUGCUAUAACGGUGAUUGAGAAAGGUUGCAAACAACUGACACAUGUCGUACAAAGCAGGUUAGCUUUGUCUUAUUUGAACUGUUUUCUUGCGGACCAAGACCGCCCGAUAUAUCCUUGUGAUCUGGAUCAAUCAGUUGCUUCCUGUACUAAAUACAUGUCUGAUGUUGACAGGGGAUCUUUCACAACAUUUUUUACAUACACUCAGAACAUCUGUUAUUUCCUAGAAUCCCAGGUUUGGCACCAGGAAACAGAACAAACAAUAACAAGGUUGGCACACAGCUCUGAAGAUGUGGCAGAUCGUCUAGAAGAAAGUAGUAAAAUGCAAGAAUCUAUGAUCAACCAACAAAAUUUAACAAUACAGAACCAGGAAAUAAUUUUGGAAAAAGCUGUUAACUUAAGUGACAUUAUAUCAACAUCUUCUGAAAGCAUGCAAACACUUUAUAUGGAAUUUAAAAAAUCUACAAUUGAACAAAAGCUUUUGAUUAAUGACAUGUUUGAUAAAGUUACAAAAUUACAAACUAUGGUGCUUGGAGAAUUCUCAGGAUUUUAUUCGAUGAUAUACUACACAGUGUCUGUGAUAAUAUCCUACUUGUUAACUUCAACACAAAGGACUUCCAGUGCUCGUUUUUGGCUGUUUGGUAUUCUCACCAUUGGGAUAAUUGCUGAGAGAGCCCUGAUUUCAAUCUCCAACAGAGCAUUGUCCCAUUAUUUUGACAUGUCAAGCAUUGAUCUUGAGGAAUUUGUAUACAGUAACCAAUGGCUGUGUAGGAAAGUGUGUGGGAGUUUCGCUGUGGUCGUCCUGAUGAUAUUUGCAUAUCGCUACCGUGACCUUGAUGCUGCCAAUAAUGAACUCCUUAUGGACAUCAAACGCCAAAACUCGGAGCUAAGGCAGUAUUUGUUAAACACAACUCUCUCAGGUAAUUUUGGAUUGAAAAAUCAAGAACAGUUACCUGGUGAGCAAAACGACAUGUUUACAGUCUCGACUUCAUUGGCAGUAGCUGCAGAUUCAACACGAUGUGAAAGUGAUUCAGCUCUUAGUGACUGCAGCACCGAUACUUCCUCUAUGGAAACUGACCACACCUUUCAGCCAGCAUUGAGUGACUUGGACGAGUUGGAGAGUAGAAAUUCUUCUUCUGUUUUGUCGUCUGACUUGUCCAGGCUUUCAGAACAGGAGAAUGAUGUCAUAAAACCAACGUCUGACCCAUCCCUGAAUAUCGAAACAUGGGCCAAGACAGGUUUCUACAAGCAUCCCACACCAAAAAAAGAUGAUUCUGAUCGUGAUUCGUCAAUAGCAGAAUCCACCAGGAGAAUACGUGGCAAAUCACCGACGCCACAGCAGAGUACCAGCAAUACAAUUCAUAGAUACCCUCUGCGACCCCGCACAAGACGACAGCAUGACAAUCCUAUUACAAGAACUGAGUCACCAAGAUCAUUUACACAUGUAGUCAAACAACUCGAACGAGUUGCAUUAAAAAACAGCAUGUUGGCUUCUAGGUACACUAUUAGUAGGAAAAGUUAUAUUUCUGGUGCAUCAGAUUCUGAGUAGCAGUUAUAUGUGAAGGUGAAUGAAGUGCUGUUCCUAAGUACACAGUCCCAAAGUUUUUUUAGCUAAUUUGUAUGCCAAGUAUUUAUAGACACAUCAAUGAUCACUAGGUCACAUGCAGUACAGGCAUGUUUUACUUAAAUAUAUAUAUACAUAUGUGUAUAUAUAUACAUGAAGAUGACAUGGAGAAUGAGUGUGACAUCUUCUAUUACGACAAGAAAACUACUGAGGUGGACUUCGAUCCAACAACUUUUUUCCCUAGUGAUGAGGAAUUUGCAGGGUUUUAGUGACUGCUUGUAUAGUGAUCAGGGACUGUGCUAAGUGAAAAGUAAAUGAUAUUAACUGCUUAGUGCUCUAUGGAUUAUUUAUCCUAAGUACCAUGGUACCUAUUACAAUAGGAUUAACUGCUUAGUGC